AUGGUUUGCACGGCAUCGAAUAUCUCAUGGCAAAAGGAGGAUUAUCUCCGCUCAAAGAUGUUUCUAGAGAAUCUUCACAUUGUCGAAACUAACGUCUGCUGUAUUCUGCUGUACUACCUGGCGACACCAUGGAUGCAGAUCCUAAUAAGUAAGCCCAUCCGUUGA